CUUUCAUUUAUUUGCAACUUUAAUUCCGGUAAUUUUGUGUAUUAAAUAAAAAAUGUUAAAGAAAAAGCUAGAAGCCCUAGGACAUCCCACACCCAGUGAUGUGGCCAUGAGCAAUCGCAAGGAAUUCGCCAGUACCGUCCUGUGGCUGGAAGAUCAAAAGAUUCGUCUCUACACUAUUGAGGAUCGUGAAAGUCUGCGUAAUUUGGAUAAUAUAACAAUAUGGGAGGAGGGAUACAAAAAAUAUUGUAUUGAUCUAAAUAUGCCAAAGUUAGGCACCCAGCUGGAGCAAUUGACUUGGAUGCUAGGGCAUGCAAUACGUCUGGAAUUUCUUGACGAUCCUGCACAAUAUGAAUCGAUUAAUGCUCAUCAGGAAAAUACUUCCAAAGGCAAUAACGUGCAGAAUUCACAACAAAAAAUUCCAACUAUUCUCCAUGGCAUGAUCAAUGUUCAGGAUAAGGAGUUUAUUACUGGCGUGCGCAGCCUGGCGACAAAGCUAAAUAUUCCUUAUCAUCCCAAUCACCUGCUACAGCUUGAGGCCGCUGCUCGCAUAGUGCAUGAACGAAUGGCGGCUGCUGUUAAAAGUCGAAAAGCCAUAUCCGGUACACCUUUUCCUUUCGACAAGGGCAACGAUAUUGUAUCUGGUAACGAUCCAACGCUGGACUAUCCUAUGCGCAUAUUGCGUCUGCUGCAAAUACAAAGUCUGCGCCAGUUGCAAACAAGCAUCAAUGAAACAAUAGUGUCGGUUCAAAACCUGACUGCGAAUCCAAAGACUGACACCAAGCUGGGCAAAGUUGGUCGCUAAGUCACAACUUUAUAGAACAAACA